AUGGUCGACUGGAGUAGUCCCAGACUUCUGGAAAUAACAAGCUUCGUCUUCUCUCAGGUGGUGAUGUUCUCGCUCGGUGUAUAUGGAUGGCACAUUUUAUUAACGCUACGCCAUGUGGAAUUACCUCUCGCAGCUCGCAGACUCAAGUUCAGAUGGGCAUUUGUUCCAUACCUUCUCGCUCGUUACGUUCUGCUAGCAUUCUUAAUUUCUCUCAUUGCAACGUCGAAGACCUAUACAAAUCUUUGUCAUAAGUCUCUGAAAGGACUUUGCCUACUUUGUAAUGUCGCCCUAGCAGCUGCAUCGACCAAUCUCUUCGUUCGCACCGUUACCUUGUGGCAUAAUAAGCUCUGGGUGCGAGGUGUUCUUGGGCUAUUUACGCUUGGCCUUUGGGCAGCAGCAUUAACGUCUGCUCUAACUGACUUACACGCUAGCACGCGUAUUUGCGGGAACCCCUACUCGAGUGACGUUCGUGAUAUUUUUGCCUUCUACCUGUCCACUACCGUGUACAAUGCUGUCAUCUUGGUUUUCACAGUGGCUGGCCUGUACUCGAAAACCCUUGCUCAUGUAUCGCCUGUAUGGCAUAUGCUCUACCGACAGGGUAUCUGGUACUUCGUCACGAUGUUGCUGGUGAACAUGGUGGUUUUAAUAUUUGCUGGACUGGAGUUAAAUCCUGUGAUGAAUGUAUUCUUCACGGUGCCAGCAACCGUUGUAAGCGUGAUAUCGUCAUCUCAAGCUGUUGUCUCGCUCGUGAAACUGCAGGAGGAUAGUAAUACAAGCAGUGCAUUGUCGUCUCAGGGGCGAACUGCUGGCGGUACAGCCUCCGUAAAGCGUGCGCAAUUCACAUCUAACAUACAGCUAAAUCUUUCGCUCUGCGACGAUUCGUUGGACCUCGAGAUUCAGGAAGGUGGACCACGAAUAGGGAAAGCCGUCAUCUUCUCUUCGCACGUUGGAGAUCUGCCUGAUACGUCACGCUCGUCGAUAAUCAGCCUCUUCGUUAAUCGGGGAGUUGAUGUCCAGAGCUAUGGCAGCGAUAUGGAAGGCAAGACGAAACACCUCCAAUUUUGA